AGCAGUGGCUGGACUGCUCAUGUCUUUUGGCCAGACCUAUGGUCCUUCCUGAGACUUCACUGCACGUUUCCCCAGUGUCUUCCUCAUCCCUAGUGUGUACACACCUCAACAUGGACCUGCUGCUUUAGCUAAGGCACAGCCAGCAAUGAAUAGUAGUAAGACAUGUGCUGACUGAAGGCUCCCUUGCGCAGCGUGGAGGAUAAGCGGUGCCUGACAAAAAUGGGGUUUGGGAGUGACCUGAAGAAUUCACACGAAGCUGUGUUAAAAUUGCAAGACUGGGAAUUACGGCUACUGGAAUCAGUGAAGAAAUUCAUGUCUCUGAGAAUAAAAAGUGAUAAAGAGUACGCAUCUACUUUACAGAACCUUUGUAAUCAAGUUGAUAAGGAAAGUACUCUCCAAAUGAAUUAUGUCAGCAAUGUAUCCAAGUCUUGGCUGCUUCUGAUUCAGCAGACUGAACAACUUAGUAGGAUAAUGAAGACUCAUGCAGAGGACCUAAGCUCUGGACCCUUGCAUAGGCUCACCAUGAUGAUCAAGGACAAGCAGCAGGUGAAGAAGAGUUACAUGGGUGUUCAUCAGCAGAUAGAAGCAGAGAUGAUCAAGGUUACAAAAACAGAAUUGGAGAAAUUAAAAUCUAGCUAUCGACAGUUAAUAAAAGAAAUGAAUUCUGCUAAAGAGAAAUACAAAGAAGCUUUAGCUAAAGGGAAGGAAACAGAGAAGGCCAAGGAACGUUAUGAUAAAGCCACAAUGAAGCUUCACGUGUUACAUAAUCAAUACGUGUUGGCACUGAAAGGGGCUCAGCUUCAUCAAAAUCAGUAUUAUGACACCACGCUUCCUCUGCUUCUGGACUCUUUACAAAAAAUGCAAGAAGAAAUGAUAAAAGCACUAAAAGGUAUCUUUGAUGAAUACAGCCAGAUAACCAGUCUUGUUACAGAGGAAAUAGUAAAUGUUCAUCAAGAAAUUAAAAUGUCAGUCGAACAGAUAGAUCCUAGCACAGAAUAUAAUAAUUUCAUAGACAUUCAUCGAACAACAGCUGCUAAAGAACAAGAAAUUGUAUUUGAUACUUCCUUAUUAGAAGAAAAUGAAAACCUUCAGGCAAAUGAGAUCAUGUGGAAUAAUUUAACAGCAGAAAGUUUGCAAAUAAUGUUGAAAAAUUUAGCAGAAGAACUUAUGCAAACACAGCAGAUGCUUUUAAAUAAAGAGGAGGCUGUCCUGGAGCUAGAGAAGAAAAUCGAAGAAUCUUCUAAGUCCUGUAUAAAUAAGUCUGAUAUUGUGCUUCUGCUCAGCCAAAAACAGACUCUUGAAGAGUUGAAACAAUCUGUCCAGCAGCUGAGAUGCACUGAGGCAAAGUUUGCAGCACAAAAAGAAUUAUUAGAGCAAAAAGUGCAAGAAAAUGAUGGGAAAGAGCCACCUCCAGUAGUAAAUUAUGAAGAAGAUGCACGAUCAGUUACGUCUAUGGAAAGAAAAGACAGACUAUCCAAAUUUGAGUCUAUUCGUCAUUCAAUUGCUGGAAUAAUCAGGUCUCCAAAAUCUGCACUGAGCUAUUCAUCAUACUCUGACAUGAUUGCCAUGAGUGAGAAGCCCCUGGCGGAGCAAGACUGGUACCAUGGUGCGAUUCCCAGAAUAGAAGCCCAAGAACUGUUAAGACAGCAAGGAGACUUCCUGGUGCGAGAGAGUCAUGGGAAACCUGGUGAAUAUGUCCUUUCUGUAUAUUCUGAUGGACAGAGGAGACACUUUAUCAUACAGUUUGUUCAUAAUCUGUAUCGAUUUGAGGGCACUGGAUUUUCCAGCAUCCCUCAACUUAUAGAUCAUCACUAUGCAACAAAAGAAGUCAUCACCAAGAAAUCAGGUGUAGUUCUCCUGAAUCCUAUUCCGAAGGAUAAGAAAUGGAUUCUCAACCAUGAAGAUGUCACAUUGGGAGAAUUACUGGGCAAGGGAAAUUUUGGUGAAGUGUAUAAGGGCACAUUAAAGGAUAAAACUGCUGUUGCUGUUAAAACGUGUAAAGAAGGUCUGCCUCAGGAAUUGAAAAUAAAAUUUUUACAAGAAGCCAAAAUUCUCAAGCAAUAUGAUCACCCUAAUAUUGUCAAACUGAUAGGAGUUUGCACACAAAGACAGCCUGUCUAUAUCAUUAUGGAACUUGUUCCAGGAGGUGAUUUCCUCACUUUUCUGAGAAAGAAGAAAGAUGAACUAAAACUCCAACAGUUAGUGACAUUUUCCUCAGAUAUUGCUGCUGGUAUGUUUUAUCUCGAGAGUAAAAACUGUAUACACAGGGACCUUGCUGCACGAAACUGCCUAGUAGGUGAAAAUAAUGUUCUGAAAAUCAGUGACUUUGGAAUGUCUCGUCAGGAGGAUGGUGGUGUGUAUUCAUCUUCUGGCUUGAAGCAGAUUCCCAUUAAAUGGACAGCACCAGAAGCUCUUAAUUACGGGAGAUACAGUUCUGAGAGUGACGUGUGGAGCUUUGGCAUCCUCCUCUGGGAGACCUUCAGCUUCGGGGUCUGUCCAUACCCUGGAAUGACAAAUCAGCAAGCGCGAGAGCAAGUGGAGAGAGGAUACCGGAUGUCAGCCCCUCAGCACUGCCCAGAGGAUAUCUCUAAAAUUAUGAUGAAGUGUUGGGAUUAUAAGCCUGAAAAUCGCCCUAAGUUCAGUGACCUUGUGAGAGAGCUUGAUAUCAUCAAGAGGAAGGUCACAUAGUCACAGAAGCAUGCCGAGCUUGCCUUCAGGACUCUGUCCAGCAGAGUAAUACUGUUGUUCUCGAUAACAAUGAGUUUAUACCACAUUACCUGCAACUGUCUUCUAAGGUUAUUUUUUUAUUAACUGGGGUUUUUAAAAUAUGUUCCACUUUAAAAUAUGUCAAAGUCAAACUUAUUCGAGAAAUAGUCCCGCCAAGGGCUGUGUGAGCAAUCCUGCCAUUUCAGACUAUUGUAAAUAAGAAAGCCCAGACUCUAAAUGUGUGAAGGGUAAAACGAAAAUCCAUCUUUGUUACAUGUAGACCACUGAUGUUUCUCAAAGGUUUUCCACUUCAGGCACAGUUCACAGGCUGCUGUCCUUUGCCAUAGACCUACUCAAUUGGUGCUAUAAACUGCACUGGUAAUGUGUAUGUGCAGGAUACAUUCCAACCACAGUUGGCUUUCUGCUCUGCCAAGGGAUCAUAACUUUAAAUAUAAUCUUGUGUUGGGAAUUACUUGGAUCUCCCAAGGUUUUUCUUUCUUUUCUUUUUCUUUUUUUUUUUUUUUUUUUGCCAGAAAUAAGCCCAGUAAGAGCCAUCUUGAUCUUACAUUAUUAAAGUUGUUGGUUUCCUCCUCCUUUGUCUGAACAUCAAAACAUGAUGCAUGCAGUGUCCCCAAAGAACACAUGCUUAGAGUUUAGGCAGCUGCUUUAAAGGAUGUUACAGAGAGCUGGACAGCAAGAACUAGGGAUGACCAGGAGGGCCAUCUGGGAGGAAAGCAGCAGCUAGAGUGUUCCCCAAAGUAGAGACUAGAGACAUAAAGUCUGCGUUCUUACCAGACUCAUUCCUGUGUUCACACAUACACAUCUCCCUGUCCCUUUUACGUUUUCUGCAUUCAUCACACAGGUCCGAAAGAAUGUUUCAGGAUUUCAUAGACAGAUCUCUCUUAAUGGCUCCAAAAAAAAAUUCUUUUAGAGACACUACAAUAUACAAGUCCACAGAAAUAAUGGCAAACUUCUGGUAAAGUAUCUUCAUCUUAGAGGCAGUAUCCUAGAAUGUAAUUCUCUUCAUCUGUACCAGUUUCCAGAACUGUUAGAUUCCUGAUUCUGGUUUCUAAAUACAUUCAUGUGUGAGGAUGCGCGCACGCACGCGCACACACACACACACACACACACAUACACAUACACAAGAGCAAGGCAGGAGCCUAUGAAAUAGAGGGUUCAGAAAUCAAAUGGAUGUUAAUGAAAACAAGACCUGGGGAUGGCCCUCCUGGUUCCACUUUUCCCUUUCAUCUGCCCUUGUACUAUUCCCUGAAGGCCUUACCAUAGCUGACAGGUAUGCAAGCACAGUGCUUGAGAUGUUUUAUGUGGAUAAACUGUAACAGAGUUGAGGCUAGCAUUCUGUUGUGCUGAAUCUUGGUAUGCAAGGAGUUACCCCAUGAUCCUGUACAGUCAUGGCUCAGGAUGAAUACACGAUAGGAGAAGGUCAUGCUCAGGGGUAAAUGUGGCCUGCAAACCUUUUCUAAGUGCACAGGCCUGUGCCCAGACAAACAUCGCUUUAGGGAUGAUGGAGUCUGUGUUCACUGGAAGAACUUAAGGGAUAGAAAAUUCCUCUGCCCUCUCCAGGUGUUUGCUGCAUGUGAAUAUCAUUGUGCAGAACUCACACCUCUUAAAAAGGGAGCAGAUGGGGAUACCGAAGAGAAGAAUGGCUUGUGUCUGUCAUGUCUGUCUCUUUGCAAAUUUUGUACACAUUUCCUGAUUAAUGCAUUCAGACUAAAAUGAAAGCAUAAUAAACUUGUCCUCAAAAGUAUACUGCAACGUAUAAAGCAACUUUUUAAUCAACAUGGUUCUCCCUUAGGUCAAAUAUUAUAAAGCAGCAGAAGUGUCUUUUGAUGGCAUAUACCAUAGUAAAUCAGAGCGCACACUCAUGAAUUAAGAUUAAGUGCCAGCCUUCAAAUGUUAAAAUAGAAGAGUUCUCCUGCUCCUUUCAGUAUUUCCGGUGACUCUGUUUGUAAUAUUCUUUGUUUGUUGAAAAAAUAAAAAGAAGAAAGCCUCUCA